UCCAGCACCGGAAGUAUAAUAUAAAGUUGUGAACUUCUUCCUCUCCUCGCAGUUUGUUUCAUCAGCCACGAGAUUCCACAUCCAGCCGGCAAAAACAGUCUCUCUGCAGUGUUUCGGAAAGAUGGGAGACGCCGUAACCGAGUACACAGCCCGACUGCAACAGCAGGAGCGGGAGAUCCAAAGCCUCUCUGCAGAGAUUGAGAGCCUAAAAAACCCACAGAACCUGAACUCAUCAGCACGUCUGGAUGAGCUGCGGGAGGAAAACGCCAGGCUGAAGUACCGCCUCAACAUCCUAAAGAGGGGCCUCCAGGAAGAAAGGACUUACUGCAGUAAAUCCAUGCUGAACAUCAACCAUCGGCUCCAGGAGAUUUUCAGCGAGGCCAUCCGGGCCUCCUGCCCCGAGCUGGACAACCCUCCACUGGCCGUCGCGCCCAACCAGCAGGCCAAGUUUGGAGACUACCAGUGCAACAGUGCCAUGGCCAUGGCCCAGAUGCUGAAGGCAAAGGGAAUGAAGAUCAGCCCGAGGGAAAUCGCAGAGAAGAUCAUCCAGAACCUUCCGGACAACGAACUCAUCCAGAAAACUGAAAUCGCAGGACCGGGCUUCAUCAACAUCCACCUGAAGAGGCCGUUUGUGUCCAGACUGUUGAGCAACCUGCUGAUCAACGGGGUGCAGCCCCCCCCACUCCCCUCCAGGAAGAAGAGUUUCAGAGGGUUUACAACUGCCUGGACAUCCAGAUCAUCGAGAGAGGAGAGUCUUACUACCAGGACAUGAUGACGAAUGUUGUGAAGGAGUUGGAGGAGAAAGGCUUUGUGCAGUUGGACGAGGGUCGAAAGAUCGUCUUCGCCCCGGGUCAGUCCAUCCCCCUCACUAUCGUCAAAUCUGACGGCGGCUACACCUACGACACAUCGGACCUCGCAGCGCUGCACCAGCGAAUCUUCACGGAGAAAGCAGACAUCAUCAUCUACGUUACAGACAGUGGACAGGCCACACACUUCCAGGUGGUGUUCGCUGCGGCUCAGAUGAUCGGCUGGUACAACCCCCAGGUGACCCGCGUGGAGCAUGCAGGCUUUGGAGUGGUGCUGGGGGAAGACAAGAAGAAGUUUAAAACCCGCUCUGGAGACACAGUGAGGCUGAUGGACCUGCUGGAUGAGGGACUGAAGCGAUCCAUGGACAAAUUGAAAGAGAAGGAGAGAGACAAGGUCCUGACCCCGGAGGAGCUGAGCAAAGCCCAGAGGUCUGUGGCUUUCGGCUGCAUCAAAUACGCCGACCUCUCACACAACCGCAUCAACGACUAUGUCUUCUCGUUUGACAAGAUGCUGGAUGACCGGGGUAACACAGCGGCGUACCUCCUCUACGCUUUCACCCGCAUCAGGUCCAUAGCUCGACUGGCUAACAUUGACGAGGCCACACUGAGGAAAGCAGCAGAGACCUCCGAGGUCCUCCUGGACCACGAGAAGGAGUGGAAGCUGGGGAAGUGCAUCCUCCGUUUCCCAGAGAUCCUGCAGAAGAUCCUGGACGACCUGCUGCUCCACACGCUCUGCGACUACCUGUACGAGCUCGCCACCACCUUCACUGAGUUCUACGACAGCUGCUACUGCGUGGAGAAGGACAGACAGACAGGUGAGGUGGUGAAGGUCAACAUGUGGAGGAUGUUGCUCUGUGAAGCCACAGCGGCCAUCAUGGCCAAAUGCUUUGACAUCCUGGGCAUCAACCCCGUCUCGAGGAUGUGAAGUCAGUGUUCCAGCCUGCCUCCAUCUUUGUCUUUCUUCAUCCAAGUUCACCAGACUCCAGAACAGGACCAGGAAAAGUGGCAGGAGUCUCUUUUACUCAUGUCGCAGCCAAAACUCACUGGAUUUUAAAAAUUCAUUUCCACACCUAAUAUAUCCAACCUGGGAGUUGAUUAAUUAACAUCUCAUGUGAAGUUUCUUUUUUAAUAAAGAACCAAUAUGAAACCAAA